UCCGAAACACUCUAGUGUAUUGGUGUUUAUUCAUGAUUGAACCGGCGCGGCUUUUAAACACAAUCAGUACUCUUCCUCAAAGGCACUUAACUUUUUACACAUGCAAAAAAAAAAUCAAAUUUUUACUUGUGGCAAUAUUUUUAAAAAAGUCCGUUGUGUUUUUAUUCUUGGAACACGUGUGUGUGUGUGUGUGUGUGUGUGUGUGUCGCAUUCCCGUACAAGAACUAUGUUUGUGAUGAGGCGGGAAAUGGCGUCUACAGAUAUACGGUAGAUUUGUGACUUGCUAGCGGGCGACCGACACAGCUGGCUGCGACAACACCGGUCCGACCGCCACCGGUGGCCGCCCGGUCGCGGUUGAAAGCCGUCAGCGCUGCAACAAGUUUUAAAGAGUUUUCUGGAUCGUCGUUCUUCUAUGUGACGGUGGAGCAUGAUGAGGCUGAGAGUGCGUAAAGCUCCUCAGCAGCUGUCCUCAGGCCGUCGAACGCACCCUUCCCAGUCCAAAAGGAAACACUGUGAGGUGGAGCCCUCUCCAGUGAGAAACAGAGGCAAAAUGCAGACAAAUGAGACUGGCCUGUUCUCCACCAUAAAAAAAUUCAUCCGUGGAAAUGCUGUAAAGGUAGAGCAAGAUAUCCCAGCUAAGAGGAGUCGCUUGGAUUGUAACCUGGAUAGGAAUCUGAUUACCUCGACACCACAGAGCGGAGGUCUUUCCAGCAAAUCUGUCUCCAGAGUAUGCAGGAAAAGCCCAAAAAAAGACACAGUGACUUGCAGCAGUAAGCCUAUAAAACCAAAUGGUAAACUAGAGGCCCCAGUUGAGGCAGCCACCAGCCCACCACGCACCACCCUGCUUGGGACCAUCUUCUCACCAGUCUUUAACUUCUUCUCACCAGCAACCAAGACUGCCACUCCAGGUUCUGACUCACCAGGCCAAGCAGUGGAGGCAGAGGAAAUCCUGAAGCAGCUGGAUAUAGAGCAGGCAGUGGAGAUUCCCAGUAGCACGCUCACAUCCACAGAAGGCAUCGCUUCAUGCCAUGCUGCCCCAGCUUUACCGCAGAAGCCUCAGAUCACUCCAGAUUCCACCAUAGAAGAAGGCGAAAUAGUCACCGAAGCUGAUAUUCCCCCCUUAACAGUUCCUGGGUGUACACAAGACGGCAGUUACCCACAUGCUCUUCCCUCAGUCCCUGCGGAGGCCUCAUAUGAUGAGGAAUGGGAAGUUUUUGAUCCGUACUUCUUUAUCAAGCACGUGCCUCCAUUGACAGAGGAGCAGAUGACACGCAAACCAGCACUACCCUUAAAAACACGCAGCACGCCGGAGUUUUCCCUGGUCUUAGAUCUAGAUGAAACACUGGUGCACUGCAGUUUGAAUGAACUAGAGGACGCCGCCCUGACAUUCCCUGUACUUUUUCAGGAUGUAAUAUACCAGGUGUAUGUUCGGUUGAGGCCAUUUUUUCGAGAAUUUCUUGAGCGCAUGUCUCAAAUGUAUGAGAUCAUUCUCUUCACGGCCUCGAAGAAAGUGUAUGCUGAUAAGUUGCUAAACAUCCUUGAUCCGAAGAAACAAUUGGUCAGACAUAGGCUUUUUCGUGAGCACUGCGUGUGUGUACAAGGAAAUUACAUUAAAGACUUGAACAUUCUUGGACGGGAUCUUUCAAAGACGAUAAUAAUUGACAAUUCACCCCAAGCCUUUGCCUAUCAGCUCUCUAAUGGGAUACCAAUCGAGAGCUGGUUUGUGGACAGAAAUGACAAUGAGCUUUUAAAGCUUGUUCCUUUUCUGGAGAAGCUGGUAGAGCUGAAUGAAGAUGUCAGACCUCACAUCCGAGACAGGUUUCGUUUGCAUGACCUUCUCCCCCCAGACUGAGCACUUUGACAAAGAAAGGUCAUCUUCCAGUAAGAUGGCGUCAACUUGAGAAAAAUAUUCGAGAUGGCUAUUCAAUGGAUCUUUCUGUGCAAAAACAUUGCCAUAACUUUAAAAAAAAUGUAUAAAGACAUGUAAAGUAUGUUUGAGUCCAAUGCACUGUAUGUUUCUGUACAUACAUUCUCAAACUAGACUCUCAAACCGUACCACAGCAGUCCUUUACAUUUUGCUGGCUUCUUUCUAGGUUGACCUAGAAGGUGACAUAUGGAAGAAAUCUCAUCUUUACCUACCAUUUUUGGAUUGACAAAAAUGAAUGUCAUGCAGUGUUGGAAUAUAUGGACCUUGUUGGCUCCAGCCUAAUCUUGAAUGGCCAGUCAAAACUGUAUAUUAACGCUAUAUUACUUGUAUAUAUGAUAUAUGUAUAUAUAUUUUUUCUCCAAGGUUUUUAAGUCCUUUUAACUUUAUUUUUAGUAUGUAUUGAUUUUAAUUGAGUUGCUUUUAUAAACCAACAAAUUGUUAGUGUAUUUCGUUUGAGGAUGAUGCUACACAGCUGCGUUUUUAGUCUAUGCUUGUAUCAUAUACUGUGAUGCUUUACUCCAUUAAAUGCAGUUGUCUGUAUUAAGGUGAAGUUUUAAAAUCUAUCUUUGGGAGGAUGUUUCUGAAAUUGUGAUAUUUAAAAAAAAAAGUGUAACGUAAGCUAGUAUAGGGGUUUCAACUGAAUACAAAGCCAUAAUGGCCAGAUACUAAUUUUAAGAUUUGUAUUUAAGAGCCUCCUUCAGACAUCAAUACGGUGAUCUUGAUCAUCCUCUGGAAAGAUGACUGGGAAGGGAGGACUUCAACGAUCCUGCACUUUUUCAUCCAACCCUUUUUAACUAAAAAUUAGGUCCUGUCACUUUUCUAUACAGGUGUAUUACAACGGGAGAUGGGGGGUUACAACACCAGCAAGUUGCCCAUGUGUUUGCUCUCAAAUCUGGUUUUCCAAAACAUCUUGUAUGUAGGUCUUUAUUAUAUAGGAGUCACCAGUUUUAUUGACUAUUGAAUGAUCACGCCUGUUGUAUUCAGUGUUACUCAAUGGUUUCCUUGAAAAUAAAUACAUUUUUAU